AUGUGUGGCGAUGAAGACGGGUUUAAUCUUAGUUCAGAAGCAUACCUUGAAAAGCACCAAAUUCUUUUUUACUUUGAAGACUGCAUAAAUCAACUACUCCAAUACAGAGACGAAAAUCCAAAAGUUAAUACAAUUAAAUUCAUUAACGAAUAUUUUUAUAGUUUGAAAUGUGGAACCCAUGUGAUGUUCCGGGAUUUUGAAUUUAUCAAUGCAACUCCACAUAACCGAAUUUCUUUUCUAAAAAUAUUUUGGCAAUUUUUCAAGCAAAUAGGCAAAAAAGGAGAUCUAUUAACAGUCCAAGAAUAUCAUUCUUUAAUCACUUUAAUCUGCCCAGAUCUCCCAUUUGAUCUUGUACAGAAAACAGCUCGUAUUAUUCUGUUGGAUGAUGCCUUGGAUUCUCUCAUUUCAUUUGCUGACUUCUUGUAUGCAUUUCAAGUACAAUUCUAUUAUCAAGAAUUCAUACAGAAAUGUGGUGAGAUUUAUUCUGUCCUCCACUGUCAACGCAGUCCGAGGGAUCCAGUAGUUGUUCCUACAUCCGACAUAGCAAAUCUUCACACUGUAUCAACAUGUACUUCACCUCCAGCAGAUGGUGUUGAAGCAAUCAGCUUUCUGCGAGCAAUUAUGCAUUUAAGAGACAAGAAAAAAAUUGGGAGUGCUUUUAGUAUUCCUCCGGUGCAAGUUUUACAAGAAAUCUUCACAUCAACUUCAACAUCCCACAUUUCAUUUUAUGAAUUUCUUAUGGCUCUGGCAAGAAAUGAAAUGCUAAAUGCUGCAUUAGGAGGCUUACCAAGUAAAUCCAAAGUGUUUGACACAAGAAAAGUGUAA